AAAAAGAAAAUAAAACUCUAAUCCUAAUGGGAAGAUUGGUUUGAUAUGUAAUUCUAAAUAUACUUUUCUAAAGUAAAAAAAAAUCACGUUUUGAUAUUUCUUCUGGUAGGAACAAACGAAAACGAAGUAUACGUGAGGAUGGAUACUACUGAUGAAAUUAUCAUUGGUUUGUUCAUCAUCUCCUUGAUCGUCACCGUAAUUGCUCACUGUUGCGAAAAUACAAGUCUCCCUCCCACGGGAUUACCUCCCGAGACAAUCCACCAAACUGUAAAGCCUCAACAAGACAUUGAAACCGGACAGAGGAAAACCCUAGUUUUCAAAGAUAUCAAAGAAGGAGGAGAAGAAGAAGGGAGUGGUAAACGUUUUUGUCCAAUUUGUUUGGAAGAGUACGAGGAUGAUCAUCAGAUUAGGCGAUUAAAAAAGUGUGGACAUGUUUUUCAUCUUUUGUGUAUUGAUUCUUGGCUUACACGGGAACGAAGCUGUCCAAGUUGUCGCCGUUCUGUUGAUUUGAUGAGUUAAUAAUAAAUAAAUAAAACCUAAUAAUCUAAAGACCUAAAGUGAAUA